CUGGGGCUUCCGCCGGUCAGCUGACCGCCCAGUGCGGAACUGCGCCGCCCGCUUUGCUCAGUGCAGUCCGCCGCAGGGUCCCAGCCACCAUGGCUGGGAUAGUGGUCAGUGGAACUCAAGUGUCUUACAUAGGCCAGGACUGCAGAGAAAUCCCAGAGCAGCUCAGCAGGGACUAUGGACAUUUUGCAAAGAGGCUUGAUCUGAGCUUCAACCUGUUGAGGUCACUGGAAGGACUGAGCGCAUUCAGAAGCCUGGAGGAACUCAUCUUAGACAACAAUCUACUCGGUGACGACCUCGUGUUGCCACGGUUACCCCACUUGCACACCUUAACCCUCAACAAGAACCAAAUUACCGAUUUGGAGCACCUCCUCGACCACCUGGCUAAAGUGACACCAGCCCUGGAGUACCUCAGCCUGCUGGGAAAUGUGGCAUGCCCCAAUGAGCUGGUCAGCUUGGAGAAGGAUGAGGAAGACUAUAAGAGAUACAGGUGCUUUGUUCUGCACAAGCUGCCUAAUUUGAAGUUUCUGGAUGCCCAGAAAGUCACCAGACAAGAACGGGAGGAGGCAUUGGUGAGAGGGGCCUUCAUGAAGGUGGUGAAGCCCAAGGAAGAAUGGUUGCUGCUCAGCCGACUAAUCAUGCUGAGACUUGGUCCUUUCCCAAGCUGGAUUCCGCUUCUUAGAUCUGGUCUAUCUCAAGGAAGCAGCUUCACACAUAUAUGUUCAGAUAAGUGGAAGUCCGGGAGUCAACAGCUACUGAUGGCUUCCAGUGAGGAUGAUGCUGCCUCUCCAGAGGGACACCUCCCGUACACACCCCUGCCUUCUGCAUCCAGAGAGCUCACCAGUCAUCGAGGUAUUCUGGCGAAAGGUCGCUAUUUUUAUUAUGGAAGAAACUCAGAGGGUAAUAGGUUCAUCCGAGAUGACCAGCUCUGAAGCUAAAUUCUACAUGCCUUAACCUAUUUCAUGAUAAUAAAAUGGAAAGGCAAGGGAAA